AUGACUGAAAAUGGGGCUCAACUAUUUGCUAGACUCAAAGGGCGACAGUCACUGAAGGAUAUCGAACCGUGUAUUUUUCCUGAAGAUGGUGGUCCAUCUCAAGGGGACGUGGUUGAGUUCCAUGGAACAGAGGGCACUGGGAAGACAGAGACUCUGUACCACCUGGUGACCCAGUGUAUCCUCCCAGCACAAUGUGGUGGCCUGGAAGUGGAGGUCAUAUUCAUAGAUACAGACUACCACUUCGAUAUGCUCAGGCUGGUGACGGUCCUCGAGGGUCGAUUGUCUGACAGCAUGGAGAAAAGAGCAGAGGAGAAUGAGACUGAGGAGAAAGUGCGUUCCUGUCUCCACAGGCUCUCUGUGGUUCAUUGUUCAAGCUCUGUUCAGCUCCUGUUUACACUUCACUACCUGGAGAACUCCUUCUGCUGCCAACCCUCACUUUGUCUGCUUGUCAUAGACAGCAUCUCAGCUUUCUACUGGGUGGACCGCAGCAACGGUGGGGAAAGUAUUACACGUCAGGAAGCAAAUCUGAGGAAGUGUGUUGAACUGUUGGACAGAUUCCGCAGGGACUAUGGUGUUGCAGUGUUUGCCUCAACUCAUGCAAUCAUGAGAAAUUACACAGCAGCAUCUGAUGCAACAUCUGAAUGUAUGACCCGCAGUGCGGUGGAUUUUGACAAGCCUUACCUGUGCAGAGCGUGGCAGAGGAUAGUGACCCAUAGACUGCUCUUUUCUAAAAGGUAUUAA